CCCCCAUCCCUACUCAGCACAACACUACACAAUUCUCUCACUCAUCCUCUAUCUUCAUCUUCCUUGGGAAUUUCAUGGCUUUCAAAAGCUUCGCUCCCGUCCGAAACUCCAUUUCAUGGCCAACAAUGGCGGUUUCUGAUAACAGCAAUAAGGCUGGGUUUCCAUUUCCCAAUAACAAGGGCUUCUUCAAAACCCAACUCAGUUUUCUACAUGACCUGACUGUUACUAAUGUUGCCAGUCCAUCGCCUCCGGUUGCUCCGCCACCACUAACGCCGCCUGAGAGAUCGGAGACUGCCGGCGGCCGCCAGCACCCCGCAUGGAGUAGCAUCCCCCAGGAGAGAUGGGAAGGAGAACUCCAUGUUCAAGGACAACUACCAUUAUGGCUGAAAGGAACGUACCUGAGGAAUGGUCCGGGGCUGUGGCACAUCGGAGACUACAACUUCAGGCACCUUUUUGAUGGCUACGCCACUCUCGUCAAGCUUCAGUUCGAGAAUGGCCGGUUGAUCGCCGGCCACCGCCAAGUGGAAUCCGAGGCCUAUCGAGCGGCCAAAAAGAACCAAAAGCUUUGUUACCGCGAAUUCUCCGAAGCUCCGAAGCCUGAUAAUUUCUUAGCCUACGUGAGCGAGCUCGCCAAUCUGUUCUCAGGCGCUUCGCUCACGGACAACGCAAACACCGGAGUCGUGAAACUCGGAGACGGACGCGUGGUCUGUCUGACAGAGACCCAGAAAGGGUCGAUUGUGAUAGACCCGAACACAUUGGAGACGGUGGGGAAAUUUGAGUACAGUGACACGUUAGGGGGUUUGAUACACUCAGCACACCCUAUCGUGAACGACGCAGAAUUCUUGACGUUAAUACCAGACUUGAUAAAUCCUGGGUAUUUAGCGGUGAGGAUGGAAGCCGGGUCGAACGGAAGGAAGGUGAUAGGACGGGUUAACUGUCGGGGCGGGCCUGCACCGGGCUGGGUCCACUCGUUUCCGGUGACUGAACACUACAUCAUCGUGCCUGAAAUGCCACUGAGAUACUGUGCCCAAAAUUUGCUGAGAGCUGAACCCACGCCAUUGUACAAGUUCGAGUGGCACCCUGAAUCCAAAGGUUUUAUCCAUGUUAUGUGCAGGACUAGUGGAAAGAUUGUGGCAAGCGUAGAGGUGCCACUGUACGUGACGUUCCAUUUCAUAAAUGCAUAUGAAGAGGAAGAUGAAGAGGGAAGAGUGACGGCCAUUAUCGCGGACUGUUGUGAGCACAACGCUGAGACCGCCAUUCUUGAUCGUCUCAGGCUACAGAACCUCCGCUCCUUCAACGGCGAGGAUGUACUGCCGGACGCUAGGAUAGGAAGAUUCAGGAUACCUCUGAAUGGGAGUGAAUAUGGGACGUUAGAGGAAGCGCUAGAGGCAGACGAACAUGGGAGAGGCAUGGACAUGUGCAGCAUCAACCCUAACUAUUUGGGCAAGAAAUAUAGAUAUGCCUACGCAUGUGGAGCCAAGCGCCCUUGUAACUUCCCCAACACCCUCACCAAGAUUGAUUUAGUGGAGAAGAAGGCGAAGAGUUGGCACGAUGAAGGUUCUGUUCCCUCAGAACCCUUCUUCGUGGCUCGACCUGGAGCAACAGAAGAAGAUGAUGGCGUGGUUAUCUCCAUAAUAAGUGAGAGAAAUGGAGACGGAUAUGCGUUGUUGUUAGAUGGAUCCACCUUUGAAGAGAUUGCCAGAGCCAAGUUCCCUUACGGACUGCCUUACGGAUUGCAUGGAUGCUGGGUUCCUAAAUCCUAAACACUGAAGCCUUCAACUUCCCAUAAGAUCAUAAAACUAUGAAUGGUCUGGUAUACUUGCUGAUUGCUGAGAUCGCUCCAUCUUAGCUUGUGUUUGUAUAUCCUGCAACUAUGAUCGGCAUAUGCUCAAAUAUAGUCACCCAUAUGCCAUGUAUGAUAACCAGUGUGGUUAGGCAGCAAUUUCAUGCAACGUACCCUGUUAUAUCUACCUUUCCCAGUAGAACCAAAUUAUAUAUCUUUACCUAACAGAAUCUAAUCAGAAAUAUGAACUCCACUUCAAAGGUCGUCCUACACUCAUGUCGCUGCAUGCUCAACUAGGCUUAAAUGCUCUAUGGGAUGUUUGGACUCCAAGUAAGAGUUCAGAAACCUUACCAAACAUGAUCCCCACAAUGGCUGAAAAUAUGUGUGUUUUUCGGUUUACUACUGACAAAUAGAAAUAUUAAUUAAUUAAUGUUUUCUAAAAUCA